UUAGAGUGCCUCGGUAAGAGUGAGAUGAGAUUUUAGGGAAUCAAAUCAACUACUAAAAAAGAAGGGGUUGGUUCAUUCAUCCUUAACACCCUAAUCAUUCAACCCCACCUAAUUUACCUUUGCUUUUUCUAUAACAUCCAGAAAGAGGCAAAAUAAAAAAAGGAAAAGAAAAGUGACCAACUACAUAUUCUGAUAUAUCUCUCUCUUUCUCUCUCACUAACUCAAUUGCUUUACAAUGUGUUGCACCCCACCAACCGCCAUUGCUUGAGUUAGAAGCCUCUUAUCCACUAACCACUUAUGACCCAUUUGAGUACUGAUUGCCAGGUAGAAAGGAGGGUAGAAAAAGAAGAUAAAUUGGGGAUGGAAGUGGGGGAAAAGAGGGUAGGGGUUAGAGGGAGUGUGGUUGCAGCAGGGUCAGUGUGGGAGAGCAGGAUGAAGAGUGAUGAAGUUAGAGGGGGGAUCAAGGUGUUCAAUGCAGAAGAAAACCCUGAAGAAAAUAGUGGUGCCAAAUUGAAAAGAAAUCCAAUUGGAUGUGGAAAGAGGAAAACAUGGAAAUCAGAGAGUUCUGAGGGGUCAGAAAAUAAUACUCAUAAUAAUAGUUGUAAUAGUAAGAUCCCAAUUCAGUGUAAGGAGCUGAGCAAUUCUUGUUCCUCUGAUGGAAUCAAGAAGAGCCCAAUUCACACCAGAAAGAUUGCUGCUUUUGGAGAUAAGUUUGAGAGAGGUCCAAUUCAUACCAGAAAGAUGAGAUCUGAGGCACACAAGAGUGGUGAAUUGGAUGAGGGGAAUGAGAGGACUUCAGCACAAUUGAGGAAGACGAAGUCAGAUUCAAUCUCCAAGAAGAAGACUGCUUCUUCUUCUGGUGGCAGCUCAAUUCAGUUGAGGAAGACCAAAUCCGAAGCAACGGAUCAAAAGAUUGAGGUUGAGAAUGGGAAGAAUGAUGAUGAAAAUUGUGUGGAUUUGGAUUAUUUGUGUCAAGAGAAAGUGAUUUCUAGUAGCUCGGAUAAUGUGGCUCAAGGUUGUUCAACAGAAUUGUCGGUUGAUGCUGCUGCUGCUGCUGAUGUUGAUGUUGUUGCUGUUGCUGAUGAAGAAGAGGAAGAGGAGGUUGAGAUUGAGAUGGUGAAGGAAAUUAGUAUUCCAGAAUACAAGGUUGAGGUUGCUGUGAAGGAACCAGAAAGUAAUGAUGAGGUUGUUGUUGUUGAGAAUGAACAAGGCAAGAAGGUUGUUGUGAAUGAACCAGAAAAGAAGGUGGUGGUUGUGGUUGUGAAUGAGCAAGAACCUACGAAGAUUCUGAAGGAACAAGAACCUAAGAAGAUUCUGAAUGAACCAGAACCUAAGAGGGUUGUGAGUGCCCACAUGCGAUUUCAUCACAGAAAUGAAAGAAAGCCAAUUUCUGUCCCUCUUGCUAUGAAGCAAUCUCCAACAAUUAGAAGGAACUCCACAAGUCACCAAAAUUUCUCCAAAACUAACUCAAUUCCAAAAGCAACAACAGAACAUCGCUGCUUUCCACAAACCCAAAGCAAGUUGCAGAGUCUAGUGGAAUUAAUCAUGUGGAGAGAUGUUUCAAGAUCAGCAUUUGUGUUUGGAUUUGGAUCAUUCAUCAUAGUCUCAUCUUCUUAUGCAAAGGAUAUCAAUCUAAGUAUUAUUUCAGUGAUGUCCUAUAUAAGUCUUGUUUAUCUCGCUGUUAUCUUCCUAUAUAGAUCCUUAAUUUGCAGGGGGAUCAUAAACGUUGAGGACUCAAAUUAUGUUGUGGGAGAAGAAGAUGCAAUUUGGAUGCUAAAAUUAAUCCUCCCUUACUUGAAUGAGUUCCUAUCAAAACUCAAAGCCUUGUUUUCUGGAGAUCCAGGUACCACAAUAAAGUUGGCAGUGUUGCUCUUUGUUUUGGCCAGAUGUGGCAGCUACAUAACCGUUUGGAAGAUGGCCAAAUUUGGCUUCUUUGGAGUUUUUACUGUACCAAAGAUAUGCUCUUCGUAUUCUGCACAGUUAACUGAAUAUGGAAAUUUUUGGAUUCGUCGAUUCCGGGAUGCAUGGGAUUCAUGCACUCACAAGAAAGCCGUGGCUCUUGGCAUCUUCGGGCUUGUAUGGAAUUUAUCAUCAGUUGUUGCUCGCAUUUGGGCAGUGUUCGUACUAUUUGCAGCCUUCAGAUAUUAUCAACAACAUUAUUUGGUGAGAGAUGAAUGGGGGGAAGAUGAAGCAGGAUGUGAUGAAACAUGGCAAGACCCUGUUGGAGUUAGACCGAAACAAGGACCUGCAACCAACUUUAGUGAUACCAAUAAAAUAAAGAAAGGGUUCUAAAAGUAUGUGUUGAUGCUGGCAGCUAGUUGUACCACAUCUAACAGGCUGGUCCAAUUGCAUGCACCGUGCCAUGUUUUCCUUUAAAACUUUUUUUUUUUUUAGGUUUCACAUGGAAGUUUCUUUUGUCUAGGCUGUAAAUUUUUGUUCAGUUAAUAUAAAGGUUUAAUUUAGUAAACAAAUCCACCACGGUUCAAUAGGAGAAGGGAAUAACUUUUUUUUUAAAGGAGGACGUUUGUGUUCUGUAAUUAGCAUUCAGUUAAAAUAAUUUAUUUUUAUUAUGGUUCAAAUUCUUAAAUUUAGUUU